AUGUUCAAAGCACUCCUAUCCCUUGACUCCAACCAAGCAUGGUUCGCAAUCUUGGGCUUCAUACUCGUCCUGUUCAUGGGCAGAAAAGCCUGGGUUGACUACAAGAUCCGCAAAUUCGGAGGUGUCAGGUCUUCCGUCCUGGCCACGAACCCCAUCACAGGGCUCCGGUUCUUCGUGAGGGCUGGCUUCAUGCAAGCCCGCGAUGAACUCGACAAGUUCUACGAUGAGCUCUACUACUGGGCCACACCCGAGUGUCCGAACUGUGUUGAGAUCGCUUUCCUCGGAGCCGUGAGAUUCUUGAUGACCCGGGAGCCUGAACACGUCAAGACGGUACUCACCUCCAAGUUCACAGACUACGGCAAAGGCCCUAAAUUUCACGAGACAUGGAGCCCCUUUCUCGGUGACAGCAUCUUCACAACUGACGGCCAACUAUGGUCCGAAAGCAGGGCCUUGAUCAGGCCCAUGUUCAUCAAAGACCGAGUCCGCGACCUCGAAAUCUUCGGCAAAUGGACCAAGACCCUCAUCGACAAGCUCCCCGCCUCCGGUCAAGCCGUCGACAUCAUGGACCUCUUCUACCGCAUGACCCUCGACGUAACCACCGACUUCCUCCUCGGCCACAGCGUCGACAGCCUGAAUAACCCCAAGCACGAAUUCGUCGACGCCUUCCAAGAAGUCCAACGCAUCCAAAUGAUGCUCACCAUCCUCGCCCCUUUCCGGCACAUGAUUCCCAAAUACCGCUACAACCGAGGCAUCCGCAUUCUCGAGCGCUUCAUCGAGCCUUUCAUCCAACGCACCCUCGCCCUUCCAUUUUCUGAACUCGAAGACUUGUCAAAAUCAUCCUCCGACUUUACCUUCCUGCACUCACUCGCCCGCCGCACCCGUGAUGCCAAGGUCAUCCGCGACCAGCUCAUGGCCGUCCUCCUCGCCGGUCGCGACACCACGGCCGCCACACUGUCUUGGACCAUCUACGAGCUUUCGCACUACCCGCGCGUCUAUCACAAGUUGCGCAACGAGAUCCUCGCUGUCGUCGGUCCUUCCCGCGCCCCUACUUACGAAGACCUAAAAAGCAUGACGUACCUAACCCACACCCUAAACGAAACCCUCCGUCUCUACCCCGCCGUUCCCUACAACCUGCGCGCAGCACUCAAAGACACCAGUCUCCCCGGUAUCAAAGGACAACCAGACAUAGCAGUGUUGGAAGGUGAUAUCGUGGUAUACUCGGCAUUGAGCAUGCAUCGUCGACCCGACCUUUAUCCGGAGACUGGCGAAAUCGUAGGGAAGGGAGAAAAGGGAGGACAGCCGUUUGAAGACCCGCGGAUAUUCAGCCCGGAACGAUGGGAUCACUGGACGCCGAAAGCGUGGAAUUACGUGCCGUUUAACGGGGGGCCGAGGAUCUGCGUGGGGCAGAAUUUUGCAAUGACUGAGAUGGCUUUUACUUUGGUGCGUCUCCUGCAGAAAUAUGACCGCCUUGAGUACAGAGGCGAUUGGCACGCGCAGUACCACAAGGCUGAGAUUGUUGGCGCGCCGGGACAUGGAGUUCCUGUUGCUUUCUUUGAAGCUCAAGAGGACGAUGUUGCGUAA